AUGGAGUUUGGGACCAAUAAAAUAAACAAGAACCAGCAAAAGUCCCUCCUCAGUUGUUUUAUUUUCGUUUUUCGCCCGAAAGGCCCGCUCUCGCCCAGAUGUUCUAACCUGUUGCGUUUGUUUCUCCAAUUGACAGCCGCCACAUCCGCAUCUGCAUCUCGCAUCCCACCACGUAAACGCGGCAGGCCGAAGACCAAGGUCGAGGACCUGACGCCCAAGCCGAAGCUCCUGGACAAACUGCACGCGGCGACCUUGAACGAGGAGGCCAGCGAGCCGGCGGUGUACGCCUCCACGACGAAGGGCGGUGUCAAGCUCAUCUUUAAUGGUCACCUGUUCAAGUUCUCGUUCCGCAAGGCGGACUACUCGGUGUUCCAGUGCUGCUACCGGGAGCACGGCGAGGAAUGCAAGGUGCGCGUGGUGUGCGACCAGAAGAGGGUCUUCCCCUACGAGGGCGAGCACGUCCACUUCAUGCAGGCCAGCGACAAGAGCUGCCUGCCCUCGCAGUUCAUGCCGGGCGACUCGGGCGCCAUAUCCACGAUGUCCACCAGCAAGGACACCAAGGUAGAGCUGCUGAUCAAGAACACCACGAAGCUAGAGGACUCCGAUGCCAAGGAGGACGAAGAAUUUGAGGAGUUUGAGAUUCAGGACAUAGACGAAAUCGAGUUGGACGAGCCGCUGCCAGAGAAGACGACCUCCAAGGAGCCGGAGGAGGAGGUGGACCCCAAUGAUUUCCGUGAAAAGAUCAAGCGACGCCUCCAGAAGGCUCUGCAGAGCAAGAAGAAGUGACACUAAACACGCCUUAACUUCCAAUUAUACUUUCUAUAUUCACUUGAGGACACGGAGGUGGACUCCAAUAAUUUCCACGCCUAUAUGAGGGCCUGCAGAACAAUAAGAAGUUACCCUGAAAAUGCCUUAGAGCUUCACAUUAUACUUUCUAUAUCCAUUUGGGUUUUACACAGCCCAACCAAGUACUAAAUACUUAAGUUUUUCGUAAUAAAACGAUGUCAAUAAAUCGGA